AUGACUCAACAGCGACGACGAUCUUCUUCUUCUUCUUCUUCUGCUGCUGCUGCUGCUGCUGCUGCUUCUCAUUCUGCGCUUGCCCACCAAUUAAUCAGCAAUGUCAUUGAUAAACCGAUCACCAUCACCGUCGAUGGCCAGUCACUCUCGAUCGAACAGCUCAUCUGGUCAACCCUCGGCCUGGUCCAACCCUUAUCAACACAGCCGACCAAGAACUUGGUCCAAUUUAAGCUGACUAACCAUCAACCGACGAUCGAUCGAAUCAAUGCCUCACUCCAGUUCAUGCUCAAUCGGACCAAGCAGAGCACCUACGGGGUCACCACCGGUUUCGGCGCAGCAGCAACCACCCGGACCCAUCGCGUCGAAGCACUCCAGGUCUCGAUCGUCGAACAUCUCCUGGCCGGUGCCACUGGGCUCAAUCUACCCAAACUCGCCCACCAACUCCGCCCACCGAUCCAUCCAUCACAGCCACUCAACCAGCACGUGAUCCCGGAAUCGAUCGUCCGGGCUGCCAUCCUCGUCAGAGCCAACAGUCUCGUCAGGGGUCAUUCAGCGGUCAGGAUCGAAUUGUUGGAUGGCUUACUCAAUUUACUCAACCUCUCGAUCACUCCUGUCGUCCCUCUCCGGGGAACUAUCAGCGCCUCGGGUGAUCUUUCUCCGCUCGCUUACGUUGCCGGUGCUCUAUGUGCCCAUCCAGAUGUCUAUGUGAUCGAUCGCAGUCUCAAGGAGCCAAGAAUCUUGAGUAGUGAAGAAUGUUUGAAGGCACAUGACAUCACGCCCCUCGUACUUGGUCCAAAAGAAGGCUUGGCGAUCGCCAAUGGAACCGCGUUCAGUGCCGCCGCUGCCUCGAUCGCCAUCUUCCAAACCCACAUCCUUGGCUUACUUUCCCAAGUCUUGACUGCCAUGACCGUCGAGGCCAUGCUGGGCCAGAUUGGAGCUUUUCACCCUUUCAUUCACCAAACUGCUCGUCCACAUCUAGGACAGAUCGAAGUAGCCAAGAAUAUCCAUCGCUUGCUGCGGACCAGUAAACUGCUUAACCCUAGUGACCAACUGCCCGAGCAAGACAUUGAGCGAGAGAAAUCUAAACAGAUCUUGCGCCAAGAUCGUUACCCCCUACGAACAUCACCUCAGUGGAUCGGACCCCAACUGGAGGACUUGCUUGUCGCACAUCAGACAAUUGCGAAGGAACUUAACUCUACUACUGACAAUCCCCUGGUAGACGUUGAGAACUGUCUAUUACAUCAUGGAGGUAAUUUCCAGGCCACCUCGAUGGCCACUUCCAUGGAAAAAGCACGUCUGGCGAUCGCCGCGAUCGGCAAGAUCAUGUUUGCACAAGUAACCGAGCUCAACAACUCCUUUAUGAAUAAUGGUCUGCCCUCCUGUUUGAAUGGAGACGAGCCAAGUACCAAUUAUCAUACCAAGGGACUCGACACAUCCUGUGCUGCCUACUGUUCCGAGCUCCAAUACCUCGCCAGUCCUGUGACGACUCAUGUUCAGAGUGCUGAAGGUCACAACCAAUCCAUUAAUUCAUUAGCCUUUAUCAGUGCCAGGAAAACACUCGAGGCUAUCGAGAUCCUUAAGAUGCUUAUGGCUAGCCAUCUCUAUUGUCUAUGCCAAGCGCUUGAUCUGAGAGUGUUUGAACUCAGGUUUAAGAAUCUGCUGGUUGGGCUGUUUUCAGAGACGGUGGCGCAAAGUUUUGGUUCGCAGCUCUCGACGAGGUCAAGGGAGGGGUUAGUGUUUAAGAUAAUCGAUCGGUUUUGGUCCCGUCGACAGGUGACGGCAAGCCUGGACAUGGAAGAUCGGGUACGGGAAUGCUUGGAGGCUUCGGUAUCGGUGAUCGUUGAGGUGUUCGAGCUCGAGAAGAAACAAAUCCCGGUUGGCUCGGUGGAGGGUUAUUUGGGCUCGUCGGCCGAACUGAUCAUCGGUUCCUUGGCCGACUUGCGUGCCCAAGGCUUGGAUCAUCAGACUGUCGAUUACCUUGGAGGAUCCCGUCCGCUCUACGAUUUUGUCAGGAGCUCCUUGGGCGUCCCGGUCCGAGUGGGUGAUGUGGCCGAAGGCAUACAGGGUCCCACUGUCGGUGGGAUGGUCGAUAGGAUCUUCUGCUCUUUCCAGUUCGAGCUCCUUCCGGCCGAACAACCGCAGCAGUUCCUCAAGGUUCUCUUAUCACUCUUUGAUCCUCCUCCUCCAACUCUUCUCGAUUCACUGGCUCAACCAAACGGGUUCAGUUAGCCCCUUGUAUAUAUGAUCUUGUCAUUUUUUUUUGUUGCUUGUUUAUCUUUCCUUGCCCUUCACUCAAUCUCAUUUUACUUCUCUUCCCCUACUCGAUCUCUUGAUUAGAUGACUUGCAUGAAUAGUGUAGGUAAGCAAUAGCUUCUUAACCCUUGGUUGUAUGCUGUUUUAAUCUGUUGAGCUCAGCACAUUACUAUCCCAUCCCACCAUAGAUAUUUGUAUAGAUGUAGAAGGCCUGAAAUGAAGCUGUUUGCCUAACUGCAACCACUCCCAGGAGAGAUUGAGUGUG